CAAUGUCAAAACUGUCAUAACCAUCAAAACAAACAAAAAAAAUCAAAAAACCCUCCAAAAAAUCAAAAGCAAAAAUGUUAAAAAAUACUGAAAAGAGCCGAAUCUACGAAUCUUUAUGAUUCAAAAGUUGAAACUGCUUAAAGUGCAGCUAAACGUGUACAUAUUUUAGCACUUGGUAACUAUCCUUUUGAACUGCACUCUUUUAUUGGAAGGUAAUUCAUAUUAUAGCAACAGAUAUAAAAAAUGUGUACCAUAAAUGAUAAAGGGGAAAUUGAAAUUCAAAGACUACCAGUUGAUUCGGAAGAAUACAAGAUCAAUGAUUGGACAAUGAAGUAUACAAAAUCACACAUUCUUCAUUCAAUCUGCCCAACUAAAGAUGUAUGCAACUCUACUCCAAAUGAACAGUGUCUUCUUUGUUUGUUUGAGAAAGAAUUACAAUUACCUCAUUUGCCAGAGAUGGUUUUUCCUAAUAACAAACUAACUCUAUCACAUUUGUCUGGUGUCUCCAUAGAGUUCAAUGCCUUGGGGGCUCUAAAAAUGGUAUGUAAUGGAAAAGAACACCAGAUCAAAGUGGCCUGUUCAGACACAUGGAAAGAAUCAAGAGCACCAGAAAAUUUAACAGAAAAACUCAAACCAUUUGAUUGGACAUUUUCUUCAGAUUAUAGAGGGACAAUAUCUGAUGAAACAAAAGUAAGUCCAACUGAAGAGAGAAUAGAUAUAGAAAAACUAAAGGAAAAGGAGAAAAUUUUGUUUUAUCAAGAACUUAUGCUAUAUGAAGAUGAAUUGCAUGAUAAUGGUAUAUCCUCCUGCAAUAUUAAAAUUAGAGUUAUGCCUAGUUCCUUUUUUGUUCUCCUCAGACAUUUUCUGAGAGUGGACAAUGUUAUGGUGCGGAUAAAUGACACUAGACUGUUCCAUGAUUUCAGUACUGAUUAUGUACUAAGAGAAUAUACAAAUAAAGAAUGUGGAGUCAAGGAGCUGAAGUUGCCCUUAACAAUGUUUGGAGACCCAAAUUUGUUGUCACCCCACAUGCCAUUGAGAACUUCAAUUUUUGAAAAAAUCAGCAUUCCAUCAAGCAAAUCCACAACAUCAGAAGGCCAAGUGUGUUGAAGAUAGUUCAAAAUAUGUCUGAUAGUUGUUAGGAAGAUUUACAAGUGGACUGGUAACUUCCUAGUUAUUCAUUUUCAGUUUCAACCAUCUUAAAAUGAGUUUUAUAAAUGAUUCUCAUUGUAUCUAAUUUAUGAAAUUUAUCUAUUACUGUCUUUUUGAUAACAUUUUUGUAAGAGAUAUGAUUGUUAUAUUAAAGCCAUUAUAUCAA